AUGCCUCUUUUCGGUCGCCAUCAAGAAGAAUAUGAGCCAGAGCCAGUGGUGGAAGAGCCCAAGCGAAGCUCAUCUAUCUUCCAUCGUAACCGUGGCGAGUCUAUCUCACCGUCUGAACGUUCCAUGUCCACCGUCUCCUCCACUCCAUCUCACAGUAGUCGCAAUCGCGGAUUCUUACACAAGAAUCGAGAAGUUCAAGACCCAGUUAUCGCAGCUGCGGAGCAAAGAAUCAUUAAUGCUGAGCAAAUGGAGAGAGAAGCCGACAGAGCAUUGAUUAAUGCUAGAGAGGCGGUGGCAGAAGCAAGAGAACACAUGAGACAACUUAAGCUGGAGAUGGAAGCACAAGCAAAAGCACUGAAGGUUCGACAAGGACAAGCGAACAACAUUUACAAGAGAGCCAAACCUCUUGGUCGUCAUCAAGUCCCCGGCUUGUGAAGAGUAUCAUUCCAAUGUGACACUUGUCCCGAAUUGUAAUAUACUUUUUGCAAUAAUCUAUUUGAAUGUUUAGCGGGAUCGGUCUUGGGAGGAUGAUUCUUUUUCAGCGUGGAGUUGACAGGAGCGAGUGAGACUUUUUGGAAUAUGGUUGGGAUAGAAACAAACAAUAAAUGUACUAUUAUUAUGACCAUAAUGAGAACGAAUGCCGUUGAUACCAAUCUUUUUUGAAACAUAACGAUAAUGUAAAGCUAGUUGAUGUCUCUGCAGACAUUUCAUCGUGUUGGCCUCGUGUGUGGGUGCCAUCCUGUGUCCUUGAACAUUGUGAGCAGAAAGCAUGCCGUCGAUAUCAAGUGAGAAAAAUCGUUUUCGUAGGUUUGGCAAGAAGC